GCGGGGCCGGGGGCGGCAGGAUCGUGGGCCCAGACGCCGGGCUCCCCUUGCGGGUGGCUCCGGGUCCAGACAGCAGAGGCGGCGCCAUGGGCUGCUGUUCCGGCCGCUGCACGCUCAUCUUCCUCUGCACUUUCCAGCUGGUCACUGCCCUGGAGCGCCAGGUGUUCGACUUCCUGGGCUACCAGUGGGCCCCCAUCUUGGCCACGUUCACCCACAUCGUCAUGGUCAUCCUGGGGCUCUUUGGCACCAUCCAGUACCGGCCUCGUUACAUCGUGCUGUACGCUGUAUGGGUGGCCAUCUGGGUCACCUGGAACAUCUUCAUCAUCUGCUUCUACCUGGAAGUGGGGGGCCUCUCAAAGGACAGUGAGCUUCUGACCUUCAACCUCUCCCGGCACCGCUCCUGGUGGCGCGAGCAUGGCCCUGGGUGUCAACGAGAGGAGCCAGCAGCCGGCCUCCGACCCGCUAGUGGCCAGGCCACAGUGUCAGGCGUCAGCUGCGUCCUGGAGCACAGCUAUGUGGAGGCCCUGCACAGCGCCCUGCAGAUCCUGGUGGCGCUGGUGGGCUUUGUCUAUGCCUGCUACGUGGUCAGCGUUUUCACGGAGGAAGAAGACAGUUUUGAUUUCAUUGGUGGAUUUGAUCCAUUUCCUCUCUACCAUGUCACUGAAAAGCCUUCCAGCCUCUUGUUCAAGCAGGCGUACUUGCCUGCGUAAGUGAAGACGCACCAGUCCUGCUCCUGCAUCCAGCCUCUGACCCGUGCGGAUGAUGAGGGGACUCCAGGCAGUGGGCCUCCCGGGCCUCCCUGCUCCCAGGGCCCUGCCGCUGGCCAGAGCACCUGCCCCAGGUCAAGUGAACACCAGCUGGAGUAGCAGGCCAGCACCAGGCCAGGAUGGCUGUAACUUCAAAGGAGUUUGUAAUUGCCUUUUUCUAAAAAAAGAAAGAAAGAAAGAAAGAGACCAAGGAAAACCUCAUCUCCUGUGUCCGGCAGCUCUGGGACCACGUUUGGUCCACAGCAGGCCUGGGACUGUUGUCCGAUGGGCCCCUCCCUCGGGUGCUAGCCCUGAGCUGCACACACUGCUGAGGUGAGGGGCUGGCCACAGAGUCACAGGGACCGGAGACAGGAAAGUGUGACCCUACCUCGAAGGUCUAUGUAAGCCCAUGUGCCCCACCGAGGGUGGCCCUGAUUAAACACUGCUCACACUGGC